AACAACAACAGCAACAACAACAACGAUACCACACCCCAUUAUCAACGAUUGCACCUUUACAGAAAUACAUACGAACACACAAUAAGACCAACAACAAUGCCAGCCGUAAGAAAAUCACGCAGCAGCAGCAGCCACAGCCACAGCAGCAGCGAAUCCAGACCAAAGUUGUUCCAAUGCACAGGCUUUGGCGACUGUCAUAUGGUGUUCACUCGAAGCGAACACUUGGCUCGACAUACGCGAAAGCACACCGGCGAGAAACCCUAUCAAUGCAUUGUGCCUGGCUGCACCCGCAUGUUCAGUCGAUGGGACAACAUGAUGCAACACACCCAAACGCAUCGAACGACGACCUCCCCUCAUCCCAAUCAACAACAACCUCGGAAGCAGCAUCAAGAACAAGCAUCCACCACACGAGUCUAUCAGGGCGGUUUGAUGUCUCCUGUCUCUCUUGGCUCGCCGGAACAAGCAAGUUGGAGCAGCAGCGAUGAGGACGCGUUUGAGGAGAUUAACGAACAACAAGAACAAGAAGAACGACCACAACAGGACAAUGAGUAUAAUAGUGACCAUCAAGAGGAGGACGAGGAGGAGGUACAGAAACAGCGACGUUUAUCCGUAGCCGAUCUGUGCAACCCAAUUCAUUUGACCCUGGACGAAUUCGAGGCGCUGGAGGGGUUUGCGCGUUUCCGGGAGACGCCGCUCUUUUAUGAGUCGCUGAGGGACUUGGCCACCAUUGCUUGCAUCGAGCCAAAGCCAUCGUCUGCCCAGCACUGCUACUAUGCUGCGUAGUCCCUACAAGCAUCGUCAAAAACCAUCUACUGGAAAAACCAAGAAAACAAAAAAAAGGCCCCAAUUCAUCUUUCAUCCCCCCCCUCCAAUCAUGUGUUAUUAUAAUUUGCAUAUCUUUUUCUCUAUCUCUCCCUUGCUCUAUAUCUAUCCCUCUGUAGAUAAAUCUGUCGAAGCCCUAACGCUCGUUGUAUAAAUACCUUUCUUUUUUACUUGUCUCUCUCUCUCUCUCCAAAAUCAUGACACCCCCCCCCCUUUUAGUAAAAAUGUGUGAAAUGAAACCAGACCCGCCCUCUGCAAAAUGUCGAUUUCCCGUAAAAAGGAACAGGUCAUGCGUGAGAGAAACAAGGAGGGACGGGACGCCCAACAACAACAACAAUAACAACAACAAUAAUAAUAAUACGAAUACAAUAGCACACACACACACACACUAAAG